AGGCGGAAGUGGUCUUGUUUUUUAUUAUAAGAUGGAGACGGAGGUGGAGUGGUCUCGCUUUUAUUCUGAGAUGGAGACUGAGAUAGAGGCGGAGGUGGAGUGGUUUUAUUUUUAUUAUGAGAUGGAAGCGGAAGUGGAGUGGUCUCGUUUUUAUUCUGAGAUGUGGAGCAUGGAGCUCGAUCAUCUUUAG